AUGUAUGUCAGGUAUUGUGGCGUUGGCCGCGUGCGGCAACUCCUCAAUUGCUGGCAUUUCAGCUUCAAGCCACAUGCAGCUCGACGUCUUGCCCAGUCGUUCAACGCUCAGCCCAACCCGACGGGAAAGCCACGAGCGUGCCACCUCGGAAGCACCUCGUACGCAGACGUCUGGGUCGCACUUUUCGGUCCGUUUGACUGUCACUUCAACCCUUCCAUCACUGCCUUUGGCUUUGGUUUCGACAACAAGAUGAAGCCUUCAGUAUCAGCGGCCUUGAGCUUGUGUGGCCUCCUUUCGGGUAUCUCACAGACAGUGCAUGCCUUGUCUGGGACUGCGGCGAGUAUCUCCACAACUACGCCAACCCCAACCUGUUUGCCCCGAUAUUUGGGAGCCAAAUCGAGCGAGAAGAAAGCUAGCCCACCGUGGGGUAACCGCACAUGCGAAUCUGAUCCUGAGAAUGUGCCUGACACUGGUGUCGUGCGAAAAUACGAGUGGACGAUACAACGGGCUGUCCUAGCACCUGAUGGAUUUGUCAACGGCCAGUUCCCUGGGCCUCUCGUUGAGGCGAACUGGGGGGACAUUGUGGAGAUCACCGUCCACAACAACAUCACGGGUCCAGAGGAAGGCACAGCGAUGCAUUGGCAUGGCAUACACCAGCAAGGGACUGGACUCAUGGAUGGAGUCAGCGGUAUCACGCAAUGUCCCAUUGUACCUGGUGGGAGUUUCACCUAUCGCUGGAAAGCCAGCACGUAUGGAUCGACAUGGUACCAUGGCCAUCAUGCGCUGCAGUAUGGCGGAGGUCUGUGGGGUCCUAUGGUUAUCUACGGCCCCUCUCACGUCGAAUACGAUCUCGACUUGGGCCCCGUCACACUCUCCGACUAUUAUCACUACCCUUACGAGAAGAUUGCCUCGGAUGCCAUAUCAACCAGUAACGAUACCAGCGUCUACGCCCCUCAGUCGAAUAACCAGUUGAUCAACGGAAUGAAUCACUUCAACUGCUCACUUGCUCCCGCGAAUACGACUUGCAAGAGUAAUGCUCCACGCGCAUCCUUGAGAUUCAAGUCUGGCAAAGUUCAUAAGCUCCGGUUGAUCAACACAAGUGUCGAGGCUAUGCAAAUCUUUUCCAUAGACGGCCACAAGAUCAUUGUGACCACAAUGGACUUCGUGCCUGUAGAGCCUUACGAAGUGGAGUACAUCAUCCUCGGUGUCGGCAUGAGAGCUGAUGUUCUUGUCAAGGGUAAUGGAGACCCGAAGCGGUCUUACUACAUGCGCUCAAGAAUUCAGUGUGCCGCCACCAAAGUUAACGAGACACUGGGCACUAUCUACUAUGACGAGACGCCCACCACGGUCGUUCCAGCCACCAAAACUGUUGCGCCUCUGCCAAGCUUCACUGCAACAUGCGGUGAUCCAAUUUACAAGAAGCGUGUCCCUAAGCCUGAUCUUACACUUCUCUACGACAUCGACUUCAGAUCAAACGCUAGCGGCAAUCAUCAGUGGCUGAUGAAUAAUGUGACAUUCAAAGCCGACUGGAGCCGCCCGUUGUACAUCGAGGCAGUAGAUGGUCACGCCGAGUAUCUUAAGGAUCCCCAGCACAUCUUGGCCACGAUUCCUGACGAUGUCCGCCAUGUUCGUGUUGUGCUGAACAACCAUUUCUCCGUCCAUCCGAUGCACAUCCAUGGCGGUGACUUCCAGAUCCUGAGCGAAUCGGAUGGGUUCUACAACGGCACUCUGAAGUAUCCCAAGAACCCGGCCCGCGCCGACACGGAACUUCUCCGGCGUAACGGAAAUCUUGUUGUGCAGUUUGAAGCAAAGAAUCCAGGAAUCUGGAGCUUCCAUUGCCAUACUGCGUGGCACGCCAGUGUUGGUCUCUACAUCAACUUUUUGGUCAAGCCAAAGACAGUCCGACAAAGCAAGAUCCCUGAUGAUGUUCGCGAGGUUUGCGCGGCCUGGGAUGACUACGUACAAUUACACGGCGAGAAUGCUCUACCUUUCGAUAGUGGGCUUCGAUAA